CUGUAGUAUACCCCUACUAUUGCCCCGCCGACCAAUAAGAUAAACAACCAAACUUUGCUUCCCCUUCUGGCCCUUUCCCAACGUUCCUGAAUUGGUGACAGCUGCGUCAUUGCAAGAACCUGAUGCCAAUUCGGGAAAGUCCCCCAAAAUCCAGGAACCGGACAUUGACAGAAACGUGGCGGCCAACGAUGCCUGCAAUAGUUAGCAAUGCUGUUAUAAACAAGAGAGAACCCGUCCCCGCGUGUACAAUGAAGUUGGAUGAUCGGUGAAGUCUGUCCAUAGGUUGUCCGAGGCUUCAAGCAUCGCUGCUGCCCUGACACUCGUUCAACUCACCACUGUGGGUGAUAAGUUUGAUAACUUGCAGGUUGUGGAAGUCGCAACCAUGCUCUCCACGCUACCAACAAUAGCAGCCACGCUUGGGCUGCUCACCCAAGCUGUGAACGGGUGGCGAGAGAAGCCCCAACACGCUCACUCAUCUGUUUCAAUUGAUUGCGACAGUUCGGCGAUCCACGACUUUGUCACAGUCUACAACACGACGACAGUGGAAAUCACUCACUGGGUCGCUGUUACCGUCAACACGACACACAUCAACACCGUCACCGUCGACGUGACGCAAACGGCUUUGGCGACGGUCACAGCCACCGACACCGACUCGGUGACUAUCACAAACUCGACGACCAUCACCAACACGGCAACAGACUCGGUCACCAUUACAAAUUUAACGACCAUCACGGAGACAGACUCGGUCACCAUCACCAAUACGGAUUCCGUGACGACCACCGAGACGGAUUCGACAACCGUCACCAACACAACGUCUGUGACCACUACUGAGACAGACUCGACGACCGUCACCAACACCGAGACGGACUCGGCGACCGUAACAAACACCUACAUCGACUCCACCACCAUCACGGAAACCGAUACCACCACAGCCACCGUGCCCACGACGACAUACACCACCCGCACGAUUUUCUCGACGACAUAUGAACCAUGUCCGAAGUUCUGCAGCAUCUCCGCGGACACGGUCAGCCUGUACUACUGGCCCACCAACAAGCCAUACACGUAUCCGGCCACCUAUUAUGACAGGAAACUGAGCUACACCUUCACCUCGCCCUCGGUGUACAUGCUGAUCCCUACGGCAGUCGGGAUCAACAGCGCAAACCAGACGGCCGGCCCGCAGACAACGAGCUGGAUCCUCCCGCUCGACCUGUACGACGUCUCGACCAUCUUCGCGGGGACCAGCACGCGGCAGCUGACGCUCAACGACCUGGGCACCAACUGCCCGCAGACGGUCGACCCGACGGCCAUCGCCAGCCUGCCGACAGAGUGCAACCCCGUGCUCGCGGCGCCGACCCAGGUGCGCAAGUGGGCGUACCCGUGCAACGCCUGCGGCCGCUUCGGCAUGGUCGACCCGCCCUACGCCGUGCCCACGCUCACGGGUGGGCUCGUGAUCGAGCCGACGACGACCAGGGCCACCACGUGGCUGGAGGGGCCUAGCUCGGCCAUCCCGUCAUCGGGCACCGUGGGAACGGCCGCGCCGAGCCCCGUUACCAGCGUCCCUGCUCCGACGGGGACGGGGACGGGGACGGGUACGGGUACGACGACGCUGGCUGUUGUGCCGGGGACCGACACCGACACGCAUACGGCUACCGGUGUUCCGGGCUCAGCUUCGACAGAUGUGCCGAACUCUUCGGGCACUUUCACCGAGACUUAUACCUCCACUUACACCUCGACCUUCACUGGCAGUGUGCCAGAUCCGGCUUCUACCGGUGAGCAGGGCUCGGCUCCUACUACUACUACCGCGAGUACAGCUGGUGGUGCCAGGCUUGCAGUUGGAGAGGGGGUUGGAAUGUGGUUGGUAUCAGUUGGGGGUGUUGUUAUUGCGACGUUUUGGCUGUAAAGGGGGUGUUGAUACACUGAUACUUUUUGAACUAGACAGCGAGUGCAGAGAUUGCAAUGGCCUUCUCUUCAUCUCGAAGUAAUAAUCAGUUGUUAUUUUAGAUACCAUUUUAGAAAAGGUCUUAUUUUAAUUGUAAAGGUA